CUGGAGACUCAACAAUGCUUCCAUUGAACUGGAAGUUAAGACUGUUCCUGGCCACUUUGGGCUUCUCAAGCUUCUGAAUGAACAGGCAAAGAAAGGAAUUACUGUACUCGGUGACUGAUCUUGAUUACCAAGGAUAAAUUUGACUGCUACUACACAUUGGAGCAUGUACACCACAAAACUGAGCAACGAACAUGUGGAGAACAAAAGUCCCCAACCAUCUCCAACUCCUCAGAUCUUCAAAGGUAGUAGAGAACACAAAGAAUCUAAGGAAACUGCCCUGUCAGAAACAGAGGAAAGAAAACCAAAGAAGGAAAAGAAGAUACAAAUUAUUUGUCCUCCACAAGGAACCCUGAAUAAAGUUAUUACAAAUGGAAUUAUACUUAUUUUAUUAUGGAGUGUAACCUGGUCAUUCUCAGGCUCUGAAGUUCUCCCUGGUGGAAGUUUAUUUGGACUGUUAAUUGUUUUUUAUUGCUCCCUUCUGGGGGGAAAACUUUUGGAAGUCAUUAAAAUACCUUCUGUGCCUCAACUUCCGCCUCUUCUUGGGAUGUUACUGGGUGGUUUUACAGUCAGGAAUAUUCCAUUCAUCAGUCAACAUGUCCAAAUUAGUGGCAAGUGGUCUUCAUCUUUAAGAAAUGCUGCCCUAACUAUUAUACUAAUACGAGCUGGACUUGGACUUGAUCCAAAGGUUUUGAAGCAAUUGAAGAAAAUUUGUGUAAGAUUGUCUAUGGGUCCUUGCCUUUUGGAGGCAUGUUCAGCUGCUGUUUUUUCCCACCUCAUUAUGAAAUUUCCCUGGCAAUGGGCAUUUCUUUUAGGUUUUACACUAGGUGCUGUCUCUCCUGCUGUUGUUGUCCCUUCUAUGCUGUUUUUGCAAGAACAUGGAUAUGGUAUUGAGAAAGGCAUUCCAACCUUACUAGUAGCUGCUAGCAGUAUAGACGACAUUGUGGCUAUCACUGGAUUCAAUGCAUGCUUGAGCAUAGUCUUCUCCUCAGGUGAUCUACUUAAUACUCUCCUAAGCUCUUUGUGGGAGGUAAUCCUUGGUGUGCUGCUAGGAGUGGCUUUGGGAUUUUUUCUUCAAUAUUUUCCAAGUAGAGACCAGCCAAAACUUGAAUGGAAGAGAGCAUUCCUUAUUUUGGGUCUGUGUGUUACUGCUGUCUUAGGCAGCCACCGAGUUGGUUUACAUGGAGCUGGAGGAUUAUGCACAAUAGUGUUGACUUUCGUUGCAGGGCUAAGGUGGGCCAAAGAAAAGAUUAGAGUCCAAAAAAUUGUUGCAGGUGCAUGGAAUAUUUUUCAGCCCCUUCUUUUUGGCUUGGUUGGAGCAGAAGUAUCUGUUUUCUCUCUUAGAGCAAAUGCUAUUGGCACUUGUGUUGCUACUGUGAGUUUGGCAUUGUUGGUACGAAUUUGUGCCACAUUUUUCUUGAUGUGUUUUGCUGGUUUUAGUCUAAAGGAGAAAAUAUUUAUUGCUUUAUCAUGGAUGCCCAAAGCUACAGUCCAGGCUGUAUUAGGUCCUCUGGCUCUAGAAACAGCAAGAAUCAGCGCACCCCAUUUGGAAGAGUAUUCAAGGGAUGUGAUGACAACAGCAUUUUUAGCCAUUUUAAUCACAGCUCCAAAUGGAGCUCUAAUUAUUGGUCUACUGGGGCCCAAAAUACUUACACGUGCUGAUCCAAGACUGUACAAAAGUUCCACUGAUAUGAGAUUAGCACAUUAAAAAAUUUAUUUGGCACCACCUGCCUGCUUCCUUUAGUAAUCAU